GAGACUGAUAGCCCGUUUCGAAUUCUUGCCCUACCGGCAGAGCUCAUUAGUAGCGUUUGCGCCUUCCUCGAAGAUGAUGACCUUGUCAAUAUCCGUUGCGUAUGCCGCGUGCUCAAGGCUCAUUCAACUACUGCUUUCGGUACGCGUUUCUUCUGUCAUCUCAUCGCGAUAUUGCACCCUACCAGCCUCGCUGUUCUUCUAGAGCUUUCCCGCCACGAAAUACUCUCGAAAUACGUGCGUAAGGUCACGAUAAGCGGAGAACUCCUGGGUCACAGCAUCUUUCCGUUGCAAACCGAUAUGCCAUCGCACCUUAGCCUACAGAAGAGCAUCGAGAACUCGGGGUUGGACUAUUUGAUUCUUCUUGAAGCGUUCAAAGCCCUUCAGAACCUCGAGGUUGUCGGAAUUGAUGUUGGCUCUUUCCAUGCCGCUGAGGAAUUUGGAUUCUGCGACCAUGGAGUUAGGUGCGGGCGAGUCCAACUAUACAAAGAAAAUGUCGGCAUCGAUCACAACGAGGCAAUGGGCAACAGUCGUGUCUAUGAUCCGGUGUUGCGGGCCCUUCAUAGCGCCAAUGUUCACGAGAGAGUCGAGUUAUCACUCAUGUUUCACCCCUCAUCAGAGGAAGAUUGGCCGGUCUCUUUCUUCGAUGUUCAAUCACUACUCUGGACAAAGUCGUUUGCUCCGAGAUUGCGCGACCUAUAUAGCCUCGGCCUCGUGGAUUCCAAGUGGAUCAAUACCCUCAUGCAUUCUGCAACCGAUCUCCGCGAGCUUCAUCUCCAGGGCGACCACGACCUAAUCAGCCUUCCUACUUCAAACAAAAUCUCCCAAUGGCCUGAAUUUCGCAAACUUGAACUCGACGAGCUCCUUCUCCAGCAUAGAGACUUCGUCCCCUUUCUCCGUGAACAUGGUCCAACCUUAGAAUAUUUACAUCUGCAAGGGAUCGGGUUCCCCGACGGGAACUGGAUCGAGCCUCUGGAAAUCAUAGAGAGCAUGCCGAAACUC